GAGCAGUGAACCAUGGAGCUGUAUUUUGGUGAAUAUCAACAUGUGCAGCAAGAAUAUGGCGUCCAUCUGAGACUCGCAAGUGAUGACGGCAAAAAGUCACGGAAUUCCCAACCCUUGAAGGCAGGCUCCUAUGGUGUCAGUAUCCGGGUACAGGGAAUUGAUGGCCACCCCUACAUAGUCCUGAAUAACACAGAGCGAUGUAUGGCAGGCACAUCUUUUCCUGAAGAUGGGCCACCAUUCCCAUCUCCGGUGAUAAGUAACCUGCCCCUGCAUUCCAGCAACGGGUCUGUGCUGGAGGAGACCAGCGCCGAGGAAUUGCAGCUCCCAGAAAAUCCUUAUGCCCAACCCAGCCCAGUGAGAAACCUGAAACAGUCCUCUCUCUUUGAGGGCAAGAAUGGGGUUCUAGAAUGCAAAGAGGGGCCAGUGAAGCCAUCCCACAUGUUGAACUUUCAGAGGCAUCCUGAGCUUUUGCAGCCCUAUGACCCGGAAAAGAAUGACUUGAACUUAAAAAACCCCCAGCCUCCUGAGAGUAAUUGGCUAAACACUCGAACAGAAGAAGGUUCCAACAAUAAGAAGGCUUGGACUCGCUUCCCGAAACCUAGUAGUUCUCAGCCUACCGGCCCUCCUUUGGAAGAUGUGGGCAAAUCCAGCGUGACGGCCAUUCGUUUGUGCAGCUCUGUGGUCAUCGAUGACCCCAAGAAGCAGACCUCAGUGUGCGUAAAUGUUCAGAGCUGCACCAAGGAGGGGCUGGUGGAGGAGGCCCUGUCCCCUAGUGGGAGGUCCCUUACAGCCCACAGCCCACACACCCAUCCCGAGACCAAGAAGGCCAGGCCGGACGUGCUUCCCUUCCGGCGGCAGGAUUCGGCGGGACCCGUCCUGGAUGGAGCUCGGUCCCGGAGGUCCUCUUCCUCAUCGGCAACUCCCACUUCGGCCAACUCUCUGUACCGAUUUUUACUUGAUGACCAGGAAUGUGCCAUCCAUGCCGACAAUGUGAAUCGUCAUGAAAACAGACGCUAUAUCCCCUUCUUGCCAGGAACUGGGCGGGAUAUUGAUACAGGAUCAAUUCCUGGUGUGGACCAACUGAUUGAAAAGUUUGACCAAAAACCUGGGCUCCAGAAGAGAGGAAGGUCUGGGAAGCGAAACAGAAUCAACCCAGAAGACAGGAAGCGGUCCAGAAGCGUGGAUAGUGCCUUUCCUUUUGGUCUCCAGGGGAACGCCGAGUACCUAAACGAAUUUAGCCGGAACUUGGGCAAGUCCAGCGAACACCUUCUCCGCCCAUCUCAGGUGUGCCCGCAGAGGUCACCGGCUCAGGAGCACCGGGGGAGACAGAGUGUGGGCCGGGCCUUUGCGAGGCUGCAGGGGGCCCACCUCAGGCCUCCCCAGCAGAGCAAAGAUGGGAAAGUUCCAGAAAACAAAGGUGGUCAGGAGAGUACAGACACACAAGCUUCUUCCCUCCCAGCACAGAAUAAAAAGGAGGAGGAAAUCAAAACAGCCACGGCGAAGCUGAUGUUACAGAAUAGGCCACCAGCAAAUUUGCCCGACUCUGGCGCCAAGAAGAUUUCUGUGAAGACAUUUACUUCCACCUCUAAUACUCAGGCCACUCCGGAUCUAUUGAAAGGCCAGCAAGAGCUCACUCAACAAACCAAUGAGGAGACGGCCAAGCAGAUACUUUACAAUUACCUCAAAGAGGGAAGCACCGAUAAUGACGACGCCACUAAACGGAAAGUCAACCUGGUCUUUGAGAAAAUCCAGACUUUGAAGUCUCGAGCAGCAGGGAGCACACAAGGAAAUAAUCAAGCUUCUAAUCCUUCGUCUGAAGUCAGAGAUCUGUUGGAACAGAAAAACAAGUUGACUACAGAAGUGGCUGAACUUCAGAGACAGCUUCAACUAGAAGUCAAGAAUCAGCAGAACAUGAAAGAAGAGAGAGAGAGAAUGAGAGCAAGCUUGGAAGAGCUCCAGGGCCAGCAUGACAGUAAAGUGGAAGAGAAUUCCGUGUUACAACAGCGCCUGGAAGAGAGCGAAGGGGAGCUCCGGAAGAACCUGGAGGAACUGUUCCAGGUGAAGAUGGAACGGGAACAGCACCAGACAGAGAUCAGGGAUCUUCAAGACCAGCUCUCAGAAAUGCAUGAUGAAUUAGACAGCGCUAAACGAUCUGAGGACAGGGAGAAGGGAGCUCUGAUUGAGGAACUCCUACAGGCAAAACAGGAUCUUCAAGAUCUGCUCAUCGCCAAGGAGGAGCAGGAAGAGCUCUUGAGGAAGCGGGAGCGGGAGCUCACCGCCCUGAAGGGAGCCCUGAAGGAAGAGGUCUCCAGCCACGACCUGGAGAUGGACAAGCUGAAGGAGCAGUAUGAUGCGGAGCUGCAGGCCCUGAGGGAGAGCGUCGAAGAAGCCACCAAGAACGUCGAGGUCCUGGCCAGUCGGAGCAGCGCGUCGGAGCAGAGCCAGCUCGGGGCUGAAAUGCAUGUGAACGCUCUGCAGGAGGAGAACCAGAAGCUGCGGGAAAGCAUCGAGGAGCUGGAGCAGUGUGUCGCCCGCCUGCGUGAGCAGAUCACCGACAUGAAGGGCGAUGAGGCCAGAGCAAAGGAAAUGCUCAAGAAGUGCGAGAGCGAAAGCCGGCAAUUAGAGGAGGCCCUUGUGCAGGCAAGAAAGGAAGAAAGAGAAGCCGUAUCAGCCAGAAGGACCCUGGAGAGCGAGCUUGAAGACGUGCAGAGAAAUCUGAGUCGGGCCACCCAGGAGCAGAAGCAGUUGUCUGAAAAGCUCAAAGAUGAGACAGAGCAGAAGGAGCAGUUAAGGAGACUGAAGAACGAGAUGGAGAAUGAACGGUGGCACCUGGACAAGACCAUCGAGAAACUGCAGAAGGAGAUGGCUGACAUUGUCGAGGUGUCCCGCAUAUCAACCCUGGAGCUCCAGAACCAGCUGGAUGAGUACAAGGAGAAAAAUCGCAGGGAGCUCGCAGAAAUGCAAAGGCAGUUGAAGGAGAAAUCCCUGGAGGCCGAAAAGUCACGUGUGACUGCCAUGAAACUGCAGGAUGAGGUGCGCAUGAUGGAGGAGGAGCUACGGGACUACCAGCGAGCUCAAGACGAAGCACUCGCGAAAAGGCAGCUUCUGGAGCAGACGCUGAAGGACCUGGAGUACGAGCUGGAGGCCAAGACUCACCUCAAGGAUGACCGAAGCCGACUCGUCAAGCAGAUGGAGGACAAGGUGUCUCAGCUGGAGAUGGAACUGGAAGAAGAAAGAAAUAACUCAGAUUUGCUGUCUGAGAGGAUCACUCGGAGCAGGGAACAGGUGGAGCAGAUGAGGGCCGAGCUCCUGCAGGAGAGAGCCAUCAAGCAGGACUUGGAGUGUGACAAGAUUUCCCUGGAGAGGCAGAACAAGGACUUAAAAAGCCGGAUUCUCCACCUGGAAGGCUCCUACCGGUCCAGCAAGGAGGGGCUGGUGGUGCAGAUGGAGGCCAGGAUCGCUGAGCUGGAGGACCGUCUGGAGAGCGAGGAGAGGGACCGGGCCAGUCUGCAGCUGAGCAACCGCCGGCUAGAGCGGAAGGUGAAGGAGCUGGUGUUGCAGGUGGAUGAUGAGCACUUGUCCCUGACCGACCAGAAGGACCAGCUCAGCCUGCGCCUGAAAGCCGUGAAGCGACAAGUGGAGGAGGCGGAGGAGGAGAUCGACAGGCUGGAAAGUUCUAAGAAGAAGCUGCAGAGGGAGCUAGAGGAGCAGAUGGACGUGAACGAGCAGCUGCAGGGGCAGCUCCACGCCAUGAAGAAGGACCUGAGCAGACUUAAGAAGCUGCCGAGCAAGGUGCUGGACGACACGGACGAUGAUGACCUCAGUACGGACGGGGGGAGCCUCCAUGAGGCACCGCUGAGCUACACCUUCCCCAAGGACGGCACUGCCACCAGUCAGAUCUGAGGCCCCUCCCGGGGCUGCGGCGGCCGCCGGUC